AUGGACAUUCCUAAAGAGUUUUCAGCCCUAAUCUUACAGAUAGGAGAUGGGAAGGUGUCGGAGGAUAGUGAUGGGAAAUUUUGUAUCCCUCAAAGUCUCUGUUCUGUUGUUCACGAUUUAAAAUCACUGAUCAGUAAGACAUAUCCAGGUAUAAAUGAUGAAGAGAGUCACAGCCUGGCAUGGUUACAGGAGAGAGCAAUUCUAACACCAACAAAUGAAUCUGCAAAUGGUAUAAAUCUGUCAUUGUUAGAGCAACUACCUGGAGAAAUGUCAAGAUACGAGUCAGUGGACUCAGUUGUCGAGGCAGAAGAUGCUGUUCACUAUCCAGUGGAAUUUCUACAUUCCCUUAAUCCACCAGGGAUACCCCCUCAUAUUCUUUUUCUAAAGAUUGGUUCCCCCAUUAUGCUUCUCCGGAAUUUGAAUCCACCUAAACUUUGCAAUGGGACCAGGCUACAGGUGAAUGUUUUACACAAACAUGUGAUAGAAGCAACUAUAUUCACAGGCGUUGGCCAGGGAAAUACUGUUUUCAUCCCACGAAUACCGAUGAUCCCGUCAGACCACCCCUUUCAAUUCAAGCGACUGCAGUUCCCUGUAAAGGUGUGUUACGCGAUGACCAUCAAUAAGGCACAGGGGCAGAGUUUAAAGAUGGCAGGCGUGGAUCUAAGGAAUGACUGCUUCUCCCAUGGACAGCUAUAUGUCGCGUGCUCGCGAGUCAGUUCUCCAGACAGCCUGGUCAUCCUCCAACCAGAAGAAAGGACAAAGAAUAUUGUUUACGAAGAAGUUCUUAGUAAAUAA